GGCAGCUAACGUUGAUUGGUCUCUCCGGGCAACCGAUUCGGCGCGCCGUAGUUCUAAUUGGCCGGUUCUUUCACAGAACGCUCUUCCUCUGAUAUGAUAGGCUGAGCAGCAGGCGGGGUGGGAGUGGGCUGUGCUAUAUGGGAUACGCUUUGGAUCGGCUUCUCAAAACUGCGCCCCUCCUGCCUUCUGUUUGGCUAGAUCCUCCGGGAGCCACGCCCCAUAUUCUAUUACCAGGUCCCGCCGUCUGCCCUACGGAAGCCUUUUGCCCCUCCCCUCUUUUGGCGGCCAACGCUCUUUCCUGGUCCCCUCGUGCUUUCCCCUUUAUAACGGUCAACGACGGAGGGCCUGAUUGACGUGUGUGUGGGCCAGUGAGAAUGCAGCUUCGGCAGAUUUAAUUUGUAGGAACCUCCCUAAUCCUCCCGCCCUCCGAAAUCUGCGUGAGGUGAGGGAGGGUCGGGAAGUUUAGGAAUUAAUGGUCGCUUGCAUGAUACUUACAGGUGUUGCUUUCUCUCCUCGGAGGAAGACAGAGCCCCAUUCAAGUGCCUUCAAACGGAUCGUGGAUGGGCGAUAAGGGGUCAUUUUUUUCCAAGGGGGCCAAGCGCUCUCUGAAAAAUGUAUAAUAAUAAUAAUAAUAAUAGCAAUAAAGGAGAAAAACAAAAAGAUAGGCAUGGUGUUUCUCUGCUCCUUUAUAUUUAUUAUAUUUAUUAUUAUUAUUAUUAAAAAAUAUAUUUAUUUGUACCCCACCUUUCUUCCUCACAAGGUUUCAAGGUGGCUUACAGAUAAAAUAUACACCCCAAAAGACACAGAUUUCUGAAGGGGAAGGAGGGAGUGAUUUUAAAGAAACCCAAUACCGGUGAGGAUGAUUAAUAAGAACACUGCUAAUUUAUAUGGCUCCAUCGAUGUGACAUUUUCCAAAAGGACAGCCACAUUAGCCUGUUGCAGCAAAAACACAACCUCCAGCCUUGCAGAGCUGUCAAGAUCCACAAAUUUUCCACAGCUUUCAAGUGGGAACACAGGGAGCUGCCUUGCACCAGGAAACAGCCAGGAAACAUUUACUACACAACAGGGCCCUGGAAUGUCAGGCAUGAGAGAAGAAAGCCAAGUAGGGUAGGAGCCACGUACAGGAGUAGGUGUCAAGAGGUUCAGGCAUCCUGUGCCAUGGUUCCACAGUCACAACCUUCAUUCCCCAGUCAUUUUGAAGCAAACAUGAUGACACCCAUGGUGGAUCUCUGUAAUUCAACCAAGGGAGAAUCCUUUCAGCAAGCAGAAGACUCUGCCAGUUCAGUGGAGCCCCCUCGGCCCCGCAGUGUCUCUGUUGUUUCUACCACUUCCCAAUUAAGCAGUCGCAACCCAAAGGAUGUCCUACGCCAUCGCAUAUUCCACUUAUCUGAGAUGCUGCGGGUGGAGAAAGCCAAUCGGGAUGACAAUACCUCAUGCUAUGUGGAGCUGGUGGGCAAGGCAGACAGAGAGAAAGCACCUUCCAUCCGGCAGGCCUUUGAACGUAUCAACCAGCGCUCCUCAGCCAAUAUUGCCCAACUAGAACAGCGUCUGCAGGAUUCCUGGGCUCAGCUGAAGAAGUUGGAACAGAGGAUUUUUACAAGCCAGGACAGCAGCAGCAGCAGUGCUACUCCUGCCCAGCAGCAGCUCACCACUCCCAGGAACAGCAUGUCUCACCAGCCAUCCUUCAGCAUACCCAGAAACCGCACUACAGAAACUUGCAUUGUUGAGGAACUCCUUCCUUCCAUCUCGGAGAGCAAAGAAAACAGGUCUGCUCAAGAGGCUUCCUCAAAGCAAAUCCUUGAGGAAGAGAUCAAGCAGAGGGUUCAAGAGUUGAAAGCUCAGCUGCUUGAUCUUAGAGAAGACCACAAGGUCCUGGAGGAUGAGUGGCACAAGCUGGAUGAGUCAUGGAAGGCUGACAAACAACAGAUGAUGGAACUGCUGCAGGAGGAGAAGAAGAGGUACUACCAUCUCGAAGUGCAGGUGAAUGAUGUGAUACAGAUAAAUCUCAAUGAGAUCACCAACCUCAAACAUGACCUGGCAUGCACGGAGGAGAAAAUGGUCUAUCAGUCUUAUGAGAGGUCCCGGGACAUCUGGGAGGUGCUGGACUCCUACCAGACCCGGCUGUCCAAACUCGAAAUGCAGCAGCAAGCCCAGCAACAGGAGGCAAUGGAGCUACCCCAGGCCAGUGUGUAUAAACUUUAUGGACAGCUCAUAAACCUGCUGCUGACCAUUGCCACCAUUCUCUUGGUGUGUGUUUCCACUAUUUCAGCCUGUUCCCUUCCUCUCCUGCGCACUCGCUGGCGUGCCCUGGCCACUCUGCUUGUGAUUGUCAUCAUAAGCGCUGCCUGGAAGUACUUCCCUGUCAUUCGUGAACAGGAAUGGAGAACAUGGCUUCCCUCUGCUUGGUAGGCAGAGAACAAAAUGGCACACAAAUUUCCUUAUCCAUCCUGAUGCUCUCCAACACUCCCUACUCUCAAUGCUUAUUUAACUACUUGUUUGUUUAUUUAUUAAUUAAA